AAUUACCAACUAACCCCAUUUUCGCGUCAUCAAACCCAGACCAACUUCUAAACAAAAGCCCUAGCAACAGACACAUUACAUGCACAAUACAUACAAAUAACCUGUAUCUAUACAUUUUUGCAGAAAAAUUGGCGGCAAUGCCGUUUUUGGCAAAAUCAGGGCUGCUGAUCAGGGGGCGGACCUUCAAAUGCAUCUCCACCUGCGUUCACCUCCGCCAAGAAGCGCAGCUGGCGGAGCCUCCCCCGUCUCUGCCGCCGAAUCCUGCCUUCGGAAGCCCGCUGUAUAAAGAGAACUGGCGGAGUCCUAUUGCCUCCGCCUCCCCGGCUGAGGCUGCGGCACUAAUACCCGUCAGCCUUGGGUUUCUCCGCCUAGACUCCACUGCGCAAAUCCAAUCGCUAUCUCAGAUGCUUGAUGCGAAGAGUUUGAUGGAUCAGUUCGCUGAUUGGAUGACGUUGAAGCGGUGGGCGCAUGUAAAGCAGUUGUUUGAGUUAUGGAUUAGGUCUUUGGGUAAUAGCGGAAAGCCGAACAAGCCUGAUGUGAAUCUUUACAAUCAUUAUUUGCGGGCGAAUUUGAUGAUGGGGACAUCUGCGGGGGAAUUGCUCGAUCUCGUGGCCCAGAUGGAUGACUACGGGAUAAUGCCUAAUACGGCGUCCUUUAAUCUCGUGCUCAAGGCUAUGCAGCAGGCCGGUGAAACGCAGGCAGCUGAGAAGUUGAUUGAAAGGAUGCUCCAGACAGGAACAGAAUACAAGGACUCUUUGCCUGAUGAUGAGUCGUAUGACUUGAUUGUUGGUAUGCUUCUUUCAGCAAACCAGAUUGAUUCUGCCUUGAAGUACAUAGAUCUUACAUUGGAAUCAGGAUAUAUGUUGUCAAUGAGUGCAUUUCUGCGCUGUGUGCAAAGUUGUGUUAACAAUGGGAGGCUGGAUACCUUGGUAUCAAUUAUAGAGAGAUGCAAGAAAAUGGAUCAGAACAAAUCUUUAUGCCCUCCUUGGCAUAUAUGCAAUUAUAUUGCUGAUGUUGCAAUGCGAUCAGAUAACAGUAAGCUAACUUAUUAUGCUCUUGAGUUCAUGACCAAAUGGAUUGCUCGAGGGGAGAAUGCUACUCCUGCAGUUCUUCUCUCUGUAGACGAAGGAUUGGUUGUAUCCGUCCUUGGAACUGCUGGUAGAACAUAUAAUUCUAGGCUCCUGAAUGGUUCAUGGGUUGCUCUCAAGUGCUCGUUACGCCAAAAGAAGGUUCCUAAUCCUGAAUCUUACAUUGCGAAAAUAUAUGCUCAUGCUAAUAUCGGGAACCUACAGAAGGCUUUUAGUGCUCUGCAUGAAUUUGAGGCAGCUCAUGGACAUUCUAACCAAGAAGAUGGAGAAGGUCUUUUCUCUCCAUUUUAUUCUUUAAAUCCUCUGGUCAUGGCAUGCUGCAGGAAAGGUUUCACAACUUUGGAUACGGUUUAUUAUCAGCUGGAGAGGUUAAGCCUUGCAGAUCCUCCAUACAAGUCUAUUGCUGCUCUAAAUUGUGUAAUUCUAGGCUGUGCAAACAUAUGGGAUAUUGAUCGUGCUUACCAGACCUUUAGUGCUAUUGAUGCCACUUUUGGAUUGACCCCAGACAUUCAUUCUUACAACGCCCUGAUAUGUGCCUUUGCGAAGCUCAGCAAGCGGGAUGAAGCUGUAAAAGUUUUUCAGCACUUCGUUGGAUUAGGCGUGAAACCAAAUAUGACUACAUAUUCUCUACUUAUUGAUGCUCAUCUUAUACUGCGGGAUCCUAAAGCUGCUCUUUCAGUGAUUGAUGACAUGAUACAUGCAGGAUAUGAACCAUCCAAGGAGAUUCUGAAAAAGGUCCGCAGGCGAUGUAUCCGAGAGAUGGACUACGAAUCUGAUGACAAGGUGGAAUCCUUGGCCAGACAGUUCAAAAUUCGAAUGGGUACAGAGGUUCGGCGGGACCUACUGUUUAAUCUUCAGUACAGCACAGAUUAUUCAUGAAACUGAACGUCUACUGUGCUGUUUGUACUAGGAAGAGAAUGAUAUCUUGAUUGUUUGAUGAGGGGAACAUUAAAGACUGGACUGAGCCAUGAUGGUUAUGAGACAAAGAAAUUGAUGCCAAACUUUGUUUGGAACAAGAGUGGAGUUGAGUUGCAAGAAUUGAUAUCAAGCAACGUAUGUUUGUAUGUCUUGAUCAUAAUUAGCAAACAGAUGCAGAAACAAAAUGUAACUUUGUUAAUACUGUUCUUUUGGAUAUUCAAGAAAUGGGAAUUGCCAAUGACAACCUAAUACAAGUCUUGAAAACUCUACGAUUGGAAACUGUUGAGGAUUGUAUGUUUUUGAAUGAAAAGAAUGGCAAACAUUUCAAGAAUUUUCAGAAAACUAGUGUAUGAUUAAUAGUUUUGACGUACCAGUUAGUUUUUGGAUGCUUAUGAUUUGACAUAUUGUGUCAAUAUUUGAUCAGUUUCAUGUAAAAUAAAGGGUGUAUUGUUCUACCGUACUGGAA